UCGCUGUGGUGUGUAAACAUGAAAAUAAGUCAUUAGUAAAUGUUUGGCAAACCAGGUUGAGCAAUGAAAGAAUCAUGAAAUCAUCUCUAAAAUCGAGUAAAAACUUAAGAAUUCAAAGCCGCUGACACAAUUUUGUAAAAAAAAAUGUCAUCAUCAUCACCACCAGUUCGUCCCCCACGAAGGACCCCGCAACCUUCCAGACCAGUGACGCGUAAUGUGUCCAUACUUUCGAAAAGGAAUACCAAAUCGCUAUGGAAAAUGAUCCGCUCCAUGAUCAUUCCAACUCGACUCGUCACAGCUUUUGCGUCCUGUGGGGGUGGUGGCAAUUCUGUCGCUGCGAGGAGAAAGCGGCGACUUGACCGGGCUAUGAAAAAUGGAGGGCAAGCACCUCUGGAACGGCGAAUAAUUAGUAGUCCUCCAGUCGAAGCGUUGGCAAAUCUAAGUUUGGCAGAAGAGGUUGUGGAACCUGAGAGUCAAAUUCAGACUCAAACUGUCGAGGUCCAAAUCGAGAUCGUUCCCAACGCGGAGGCAACCACGACAGUAACAUCUCCAACUGAUGGGGACAUCUCACUCGGAAAUACCGGUUCGACUGCUGAUACUGCUGACAAUACCGUAGAAUCAGUACAACCACCACCACCACCCCCACCAGAAGAGAUAAUAGUGCGACUACGGGAGAAAAAAGAUUCUGCUACUGAUCGCAGUUCAAUUGUUGACGCAGACAAAUUUCACGGCUGGCGGAAAUCGUCGAUUGACGUGAAUACCGAGCCACCAUUAACUUUGAAAUGGAUCCCAUCGGGCCUGCAGAUUGGUGAUCAAGUAAUCUGGCUCUCUGAAACGCAACCGGAACGCGGUGUGGUGCGUUGGAUUGGGAAAAUUAGAAGCCAGUAUUACGCAGGGGUUGAAUUUGAACGAAGCAUAGGGAACUCGUCUGGCCUUUAUGGCUACGGAGGUGGACUGGUCGCCCGACUUUUCACGUGUGACCUAGGCCUAGGACGAUUCAUCCCGAUCGAUGAACUUGUCCUGCAUUCAGACUUUCAUGAUAAGGGGAUAAAGGCCGGCUUCAUCUGCAUAAUUUGCCGUGACGACUUCCUCGAGCUGCCGGACGCCCAAGGGGACGAGGGUCACAUGGUGGCGACAAAGUGUGGUCACUUGUAUCACGAAACAUGUCUCCAGAGUUGGUUUGCUUCGAAGAGUAGAAAGAAAACAAAUGGUGCGACUAAUCCGGGCCAGCCCUGCCCCCAUUGUCAGAGUCCAAUCCAAUACGAAGACAUCAUUCGACUUUUUCCUGCACAAGUUUAAAGCAUGUAACAUGACUUAUUUUACUGGAAUCUAAAAUGAACUUGUAAUGAAAUAAUUUUUCUACGAUUAUUUAAAGUUCUACAUAAAUGUAUUAUUUGUCCAUUAUUUCUAGAUUUCCUAAUUUAUUACUCAAUAAUUUAAUGUGGAACGAAUAAAAAGACAAAUUUUCUUCAUACUCUA